GACCUGGGACCAGACAUGGGACACACGAUUUUACGUUCUAUGGUGGAUCCGAGAGAUUACGAUCGACUGAGAUAUUUGCAAAUGAAUGGUGGUCAACCGAACAGUUUCGAGGAGACUAUACAUAGGCUGAAAGUUCAAGAGGCACUGAGAAAGAAGGAGCGAUUUCAUAAAGAACACGAAGAGAUACUAAGGGACAUCCGGCAGGGUUUAAUGCAGCUUGGUCGGGACGGACGGGGUCAGCUCCCUGGAGAUGACACUUAUAUGUACGACGAAGAUGCACGUUGCGGAGGUGGAUUAGGUUUGGGUCCCGGUGGUCAACACUGGUAUGACGAACCUCCAUAUGAAUCAGAUCCUGAGGAUUUCCUUAUGGGAGCAAGCGGAGGGCCUGUGCCAACUGCAACUAUUCAAAAUGGAAGAGUAUGUUUCACGCUAAAUCUGAGGCCAGAAAAUAGAAGCGAGGGGAUUAUUUCUCUUCGAACUGCCGGAGACAUCAGUCUCCCACGAGAUCGUUCCAGGAAAGGUGCAACUUCGACAAUGCGAGGACUUAUUGUGCCACAAGGUCACAAUAAUCCACCAGCUAUCAUACCACUUACGCACUCGAGAGCUUCUCGAGAAAGUGGAGACUACGCGAGCAGCGACGUCCAGAGCCGGAGUAGCGGCGAGGAAGGACUAUCGCCAAGCCAGAGCAGCGACUACGAGGAUCAAGAAGAGCUUGAGAAUCAGCACUCGGCCGCCGUACACACAUCGGAAGCUAGCGCCCUGCUGGAGGGCGACACCAGGGCAGGGAUCGCGGGUCGGGCAAGAAAUUUGAGGCACGACGUGCAGCGGAAGAUCUCUAGGCUCCGGCAGGAUCGCGCCUCGUCCGAGGCCUUCCCGUGCAGCGCUAGCAGCGUGGAGAGCCUGCCGAGCGGAAGUGGCUCGAGCACGCAGGCACUCGUGCGUGCAGGAAGCAAUCACAGUUCGAUAUCCUGCGAAGACAGGGACGCCAUCAGUCCGACAUCCAUUGGCCCCGUGCUGUGCAGAGCCAGGGCUCUCGUCGAUUAUACGCCUAGCCCGUACGAUAAGGAGGCUCUCAAGUUUAAGAAGGGAGACAUCAUCGACGUGGUGCAAAUGAACAAGAGCGGUCUGUGGAAGGGUGUUUUGCACAACAGGAUAGGCCACUUCAAGUUCAUAAACGUCGAGAUACUAAACGACAGGGUUCCAAGGCGCGGCGAACCCGAAGGGCGGGGGAAGUGGGGCCAGAGGUAUAGGCAGAAGCCCGGUUCCGUUCAAGAGCUCUUGCAGAGAAUGAAUCUUCAGGAACACAUUCCUGUUUUUGUAUUUAACGGAUACGAGGAUUUGGAGCUCUUCAGGGAAAUUGAAGCUGCGGACCUUGAUUACUUGCGUAUACAUCAGCCCGAGCAUCGUGCUAAAAUCCUUACCGCUGUGCAGUUAUUGAACGAUCUUCAAUCCGGAAGCGAGGGCGAUUUAGCAUCAAGCUCAGAGGGCGACGAGGUGAGUCGUCUGGUCUUAACCUCUGGCCAGACAUCCGGCCAUUGUUCACCGUUUAAUCGCCGCCAGUUCCCGCGGGACUCUGGCUGUUACGACGCUCACAAGAAUCCCACCAGCCGGCGAACCGUGAGUCCUGAAUCGGCAACGACCACCAAGCUGCCCAGGGAGAACAAUCUCGACGCGGCAACGCCAGCCAAGAGCGUCGGCGGCGUCACUGCAGAGGGCAGCACCGUCGCGGACAGCAAGGACGACUUUCAUCCGAACAUACCGAUCACUGGCAACGCGGCCGGCCAGAAAGAGGGCCAAUUCGACAAGUCGCCGUUGCUACGUGGCGGGAACGUUCGUUUCAUAGCGAAACGGGGCAACUUUGGCGAGACCGUGGUGAUCGAGGACGCCUGCGAAAGCGGUCAGAAACUCGCCGGGAUGGUGAAAUACGUGGUCGGUGGCGGCGACCUUGGCCUCGAGGCCACAGGCAACAUCGCUGGUCUAAGCCAGAGGGGCUGCCUCAGCGAGAAGUCCAGCGACUCUGGCGUCAGUUCAUCCAGCAUCAGCUCAGCUCCUCCGCCUAGGGAUAAGGUUCUCGCCAAUGUUGCUUCUGACUCGCCCACUAAGAACUUCGGUAACUUCACCAGGGCAUCGCCGACUUCUCAGCCGGCCAGCAGUAAGAGUCAAACUGGAGAGGCUAGUUACCAGUAA